UCCAACCCUGAAUUGAUAUCAUUUCAAUCUAUUCCGGCGAUGAGCGCAGGCAACUGCACCAAAGUUCCCAAACAGUCUACGCUCGCUCUUGCUUCUGACAUAACGUGCAUUUGGCGAUGCUUCUGUUCUCUGGAUCAUGUAUCGACACCCAUAGAUAGUGCCCGUAACUAGAGAAUGUAUGUUCUUGAAUCGUCCAUGCAUGAUUCUUUUAUACACCAUCAUCUAACGGCCUGAUUGUAUUCGGAGCAUCGGAGUCGAAGCGAACAGGGAUGGCGAAAACUUUAUGAAGCUGAAUUCCAUACUUUCCAAGCUCGAUCAAUAUCGGCGACUUCCAUCAAAAUACCGAAGGGUCUUGGGAGGUUGUUGUCGACAUGUGUGAAAUCACUGCCCUGGUAUGAGGAAUACUCUUCCUUAUGUUUGGAUAAUGUUGAGUAGUCGUUACUCGUCAAUUCCGCUUUUGAAGACGAUGAAAGUACAGUAGGUUCUAUCAAAGCAUAUAGAAACACUUUCUCCUGAUGUGUGAGUCGUAUGCCGUCGAGUACUGAGUGGAUGUCAUCGAUCGGUUCGGUAGACGGUAUCGUGUGAGACGUGUCCUCUUGCUUAACGGUUUCGAAAGGCAUGAUAGUGGCUGAAGAUCAGUGAUAACAGAGAUUCUUGCAGCAUGUCAAAUGUUCAUAUUCUGUUUGCACCACCUUAUGUAGUCGUGCAAUUCAGAAGUCGUUCACAGUUACCCCAAAAAUCUUGCAGAGGAACAUCUGGGGGCGGUCAAGAAAAGGAAAUGCAUAUGAGUACGGAGUAAUCGGCUCCGAUUAUUUAUAAAGCGAUAAACUAUCUAUAACUCAGAAAAGUCUCCUCGUAAGCUGUUGGCACUCAUGUAACCCACUUGAAGGGGAGUCGGAGAUAUUCUCUUCCACCGGAACUGUUUCCAUUAAGGAGAUGAUAGAUCAGCACUCUCUCGGUUGACAUCAAUAAUACAGCAGAAGAGAAUGAGAGAAUAGCAAAACGACAACGAUUUGACUUGCUGUUCGAUUUUCAGUGAAUCUUUUUGUCCGAAUAUGACCCUAGCCCUAUCAGCUUUCUUGGGUCAAGGACUAGAUUCUCAGGGGAUUAUUGAAGAAGACAAGGUGGUGGUCUAGUCGUCUAUUAGUGUUCUCUAUCUCUGAGACAAUUCUCGGGAAUUUGCUCCGGAUUCUACAAUCCGGGGUGAGGGGAAGAUUUGGGCGCUUCGGGGUCUGUUCAUUUCCCUCGUGUUUGCAGUUUGCUUGGAGAUUUUCAGGUUCCGGUGGAACGGUGGGAUUCCGGUGGAAGGUCUCUGUGAACGCAGAGAGCAACGCGUCGAGCCAUAGGCAAAUUAGAACCUGUUCUAUGAACAAAGACAAGUUGAAGACUUCUUGAAUUCUUCCUGUUUCAUCUUGUGAAGAUCAAACAGAAUCACCUGCAACCACCAAUCAGCGGCCUCGGCCCUCGGCUUCAACUGUUGCAAGUGGUAAAGCUCGUAACGCAGUGUGUGUUGAAUUGUCAACUUCAUCAUCCAAACUGCUUUUCUUCCUCCUGCUUCUUGCUCCGGAUAAAUCUGGACGAAAAUCCUGAAUCGCAAAGGAAAGCAAAGAUGAAACCAACCGGUCGCACAUUCAUCAUCUCCGGCGGCUGCUCGGGGCUUGGCCUGGCCACAGCCCGCGACUUGCACCAAGCCGGAGCUUAUGUUGCUCUGUUGGAUGUAAACGCAGACGCAGGCAAAACUGUUAUCCAACAGUUUGGGGAUCAAAGAGUGAAAUUUUUUCAGACUGAUGUGUCUGAGACAUCCAGCCUCGAAGCUGCAGUCAACAGCACUGUCGAAUGGAUAAGACAAACCGCAUCUGCCCUCGUUGGCGUCGUUGCUGCCGCCGGAGUUGGGCUACCUGCAAAGAUAUAUGAUGCGAGAACGGAGUCUCCAGUUCCGAUAUCGACCAUCGAUUUUGUCCUCAACAUCAAUCUUCGCGGAACACUUGACCUCAUCCGUCUGGCCGUACCGCAUAUGGUCAAGAACGAUCCAUUGACAGAAGACGGCGAACGAGGGGUCAUAAUUAUGGUUUCUUCCUCUGCUGCAUUUGACGGACAACCCGGUCAGGUUGCAUAUGCAGCUUCGAAAGGCGCAGUAGCCUCAUUGACGCUGCCGCUAGCUAGAGAUCUUGCGCGCUAUGGAAUACGUGCAGUCACCAUUGCACCGAGCUUGUUCGACAGUGCGAUGACCCGUCAAUUACCCGAAAAGGCACGAAAGAGUCUAGAAAGGGCGAUGGAAUUUCCUGUCCGAGCUGGGAAUCCGGAGGAAUUUUCAAGUCUGGUGAUGCAAAGCGUGACUAAUUCAAUGUUGAACGGUACGGUACUUCGUCUCGACGGUGCCAUGAGAAUGCCUAGUAAAAUGUAGAUUAAAUCAAUGCCACUGCGUAUUCUUCAUGAAACUGCGUGUCUU